UCGCCACUCGGCAGUCGCGAACCUAUCGACUGUGGUUCCGGUAGGGUCGAUCACCGGAGCAUAGUACGAGAAGCUUCACGUUAUUCGAAGUGGACUCGCUUCGCGAACGCGCGCAAAAGUUUCGUUCCAAAUUCGAAUUCUAUCAAUAAAAAGUUUUUAUUUUUUCGAGUGUCUAGUUUAUUUCUUUUUUUUAUUAAGGAGGUUUUAUGUUGAUACAUUAUUUUUCUUUUGCUAUGUUCGGAUUUUAAAAAUGUUUAGUGCGCAAAUUGAAAAAUUAAUUGUGAACUGAUAUUGUAAUGCGGAAUGAAAGUGAAAUUUCGCCAUUAUUUGGCUUUAAUUAAGUAGGACAAGUAUUUUCAGUGAUUCUUGAAUUUAGUGUAAAAUUUCAAAAUGGAAAUGAGGGGAAGUUUUUGUUUUUGGAAAAUUUUAUUCCUGUGCAUGGCUACUGUCGAUGCUCUGCAGCGUUUUAUAGAGGUUCCCAUGUAUACCGAGGUGAACCCUGGAGCAGACGCUCUGCUCAAGUGCCGAAUAUCCGAGAAGAAGGGGGUUUGUCAAUGGCAAAAAGAUAACAAGCCGGUCGGAAUGUUCCGGAACAAAUACGAGUGGGCUGCCGGAAACACAUCAGGGGGCGACUGCUCGAUAUGGGUGCGCGACGCGGAGCAUGAGUACGACGACGGCCAGUGGCAGUGUCAGGUCUCUUCUAGCGACUAUGAUACCCUAGACGCACAAACCAGUUCACCGAUCGACCUGGUCGUGCGGGUGCCACCCAAAAUUCCCCCUCGGCUCCUGUACAACGGCUCCCUCGUCAUGCCGGGGCAGAACAUCACGGUGCCGGCUGGUGGAAGAGCCACCAUCGUCUGUGAAGCAAGAUAUAGCAACCCACCAGCUUACAUUGAGUGGUAUUUAGGAAAAGAACGUCUAACGGCGUGGAGCCAAACGAACUCCACGGAGACGGAGCGGCCCAGGGUGUGGGCGGCGCGCUCUGUCCUGGAGCUGGGCGCCACCAGGCCGGCGCACGGCAAGCGGCUGACGUGCCGCGCGCACCACCCGUCGCUCCUCCCCCCGCACUACAGGGAGUCCUUCACUAAGUUGGAUGUUACAUUUCCCCCAGAAGUUACCAUCGUUGGAACCGAUAUCAAUAAUCUGCAAAGACUGGAAGAAGGCUCCAGCUCGUUGACCCUGGAGUGUAAAGCGGAGGGCAACCCGAGCCCUUACGUCUGGUGGACGAAGAACGGCCAAGUCAUCGCGACCACCGGACCUCUGCUCAUCAGAGCUCCUGUGUCAAGGAAUGAUUCAGGAAUAUACGGAUGCCAAGCAAGAAAUCCCUCAGGAACUUCGGACUCUAUUAGAGUUGAAAUCGAUAUUAAAUAUCCUCCUCGAGUCACGUGGGUGGGACCAGACACAGUUGUUGAAGCAAAUUUAUUUUCUGAAGUCACCUUGGAGUGUAAAGCUGAAGGAAACCCGUCUCCGUCCUACCAAUGGUAUCACAAUCCCAAUCUGUCAGCGUUGAACGGGCACCUGGAAGAUGGCUACGCAAUAUCCUCCACCCCUCAGCUGUUGCUGCACAACGUGUCCUACACUCAGCAUGGGAGGUACACUUGCAUCGCAACAAACCACAUCGGACUACAGGAAAAGAGUCACCAGUCAGAAGCGAUCACUCUGAACGUCCUGGGCCCACCGGUGGGCGAGCCGGCGAGCACGGCGCACGCGUGGAGCGGUGGCGAGGGCCGCGUGCAGGCCGCUGUGUGCGCCGACCCGCCGCCGCGGAGGGCCAUCUGGUUCUGGGGCAGCUUGCGGCUCGACGUGCCUUCGCAUGUCGGUCGUUACAAAUCACUGGAGCCGACCAACAUCAACGGCUGCUACCGCUACUCGCUCGUCAUCAGCGGCACCAGUGUGACGGACGCGCGCGAGUACGUGCUCCAGGUGGAGAACGAGCGCGGCUUCUCCACGCACUCCGUCUCUCUCACUGUCCAUGAGAAUUUUUCGCUAACAGAGACAGCACACGUGGCGCCGCUCAUCGCCGCAGCGCUGCUGGUCGCUGCGCUGCUGGUGGUGGUGCUGUGUCUCGUAGUGCGCUGCAGGCGACGAAGAGAAAGCGUCGAGUACAAAACUGAUGAUUUAGAUAGCGAGAAGACAGUGCUGCCGGCGGACGCGGUGUACUCUUCGCAAUCGCAGGCCGGCACGGGCGCGCGCGCAGCUGCUCCGGGCGCGCGCUACUCGCCCGGCGCGCUGCAGGUGCGGCGCGCGCCCGUCGUGCUGCAGCCCCCCACCACCGUGUGAACUGCACAGGCUGCUUUGUCGGCGUUGGAACAAGAAGCCAAAGAAAAUGUGUAUGCGGUCCUUGAUCCGCAUAUUCAGUACGAGUUAACUAUAAAUAAGCACGGAGAACCGCCUAAGUACUUUUCGCUAUCCAAGCCUCUAACUAACCAAAGAACGCACGCUUUUGAUCCACAAAAUAUAAAUUUUAAUGAAAAUAAUAACAAUUGCCAUGGUAACGAUGGCAGAUUUCCGAAUCAACUUGAUUCAAAAGUCAGAAGAUCUAACAGAAGUUGCAAAAGUAAUGGCAAAAAUCAACAAAGUUAUUUCUGCAAAAGCAAUCAAGACGUAAAAUAUUCAGUAAACCCUUAUUUUGGAAUGGUUAGAGCAUCUAAAAAUAGUAAUGUGUUCAAAGCACAAAAUGUUAGAGAUAGUACUCGUGUUAGUUUUAAUGACCAAAGCAGGAUGUAUGAGAGAAAUAAUUCUGAUAGAAAGAUUGUUGAAAAACGUGAUGGGGAAAGUAUUUAUAAUAAGAACGAUAUUAAGAGAGCAUCAAAUGGAAAAAAAAGUAAGACUGUUGCUAUACAAAAGGGAACGGUACAGGAAAAUGAUAAAGAAUGCUCCUUCGAAGAAGUGAAGGAGGAAAAAAUUCAAGACGAAAAUGAUACGAUGCCCCGACCCGGAAAAGUUAAAGAACUCGCUUCUAGAUUUAAUAGGAACAGUGCAGAAAAUUAUAGACAAUCGGUGAUUGUGAAUGUUGAAAGACCAAAGACUUUAGAAAGUUUCGACCAAGCUUAUCUCAAUCAUGUUUUUCCAGACGCUAUAGAAAUUUAAUAAUUUGAUGUGCAUUGAACUAAUUGAUCUCUUGGUGUUUUAAUAUGAAUGUCAUGAUAAGUGGAUGUCUGUUUAGAAACUCUUAUUGGGAAAUUUAUGAUAAUAUUUGAUAGGGAAAUCAUCCCCUUUACCACGUUAAUUAUUGUAUGUCUGAUAGUAUAUUGUCAAUCAUGGCCAUAUUAUUGAUGUAUAUUUACAGUAGUUUCUAUUUUAUUCUUAAGAGCAUUACCAUGACGUACCUAUCUCAACCCUGCACAAACUGCUUUCAUUAAUAUAUAAUAAAAUAAAUGUAUUUCAUACUUCUUAUCGUUUUGAGUUACUCAUGAUUAUUGUUUUCAUAAAUAAAUUCUACUAUAGGAAUUUAUGCAUUUAUUUGUUUCAAAUCGAAGGUCUUAUCUUAUAUAUUUUCUUUUCAAUAGUUUUAUAAAUUCGUUAUUGUUAAUUAAUUACCUACUCUAAUGUAAAUAGACUCUUUUUCAAAUGUUUUGUAUUAUUAAAUGUUAACAGUAUUAAAUUAGUGAUUACGAA